AUGGUAUCUUUCAAGUUCUUAUCUAUUAUUGCCGCUGUUUCUGCUUUGGUUUCUGCUGAUGCAGCUCCAACCACUUCCAAUUCUCCCCAGGGAGUCAAAUACAGUGCGUUGUUUGAAAAAAGUAUCAAGGGAUCUGUCAAUUUCACCACUACUUCCAAUGGGACUGUUCAAGUAGAAGUUGAUCUUUCCAAUUUCCCUAGCUCUGGCGGUCCAUUCACGUACCAUAUCCAUGAAGCUCCGGUGCCAAGUGAUGGAAAUUGUACAGGAACUAAGUUACAUCUCAACCCAUACCACGGACUUGCUAAUGCAACCACUCCAAGCAUGUUGGAAGUUGGUGAUUUAUCCGGGAGACAUGGUAAGAUCUCGGGAACCUCUUACAAUGCAACCUAUUUGGACCCAUACGUAUCGCUUAACCCCUCCGAUAAGGCAUUCCCAGGUGGUUUGUCAAUCACCAUUCAUUUCGCCAGUAACAACUCCAGAAUUGCUUGUUCCAAUAUUACCAAGGUUGAAAACGUCACUCCAAAACCAAACUCUGGAUCUUCAUUUGCAGCUCCUCGAGUUCUUGCUGGUGUUGCAAUCAUGGGAGCUUUGAUUAUGUAA